GUCCAAGAGGAUAUUGGGCAGAUUUUCAGAAAAGAAUACGCCGCAUUGAGGCUGUUGUUGUUGUUACUAUUUUUGUUAGCAUUAUGUGAUUUGCUCACCCGAUUCAACUAGAAGUUUCCUAAUGAGCGCAGAGCAUACAAAAGACAAAAUCUGCCAAUCGAGCGUCGACUAGUGCGUCCGAAGCCGACGUCUGCAAGUACCAAAGUGGUUAUCGUUUUUGGGCUCAGUGGUGACGAAAACGUACGCAAGACGACUAUAAAAUUCGAGUAUCGUGACUCAACUGACAACGAGUAUCACUUAUCAGAGUAAUAGCCUUAACAGCAGCUCUGUCUAAGGAGAUAUUGUCAGAGUGCUCUCCCCGUGGAGGCCAUGGAGGCCACACUGGUGGAGGGCGUUGGAGACGAAGUUUUAAUUGCUUUCAUUGGAGUUUUGGCACUGUUCGUCGUCAUUGUAAUUCAGUGGACAAUCUCUCAGAUAUCGGAAAUUAUUCGGCCGAUAGCAGAGACGAGAGUGAGCGAUAUCUCACGGGACACUACCGAAAGCACAGAUCAGCUGUCUGUUCGUUGUGCUCUAGUGGAAUCAAAUCAAAUACUAUCAGAAGAAGGAGCCGAAUCUGAGGCGAUACCAGAAGGCACCACCGAAAUUCAAAUUCGACUAAAAUAUUUGAAUGACACAGAGCGGAACGUAGAGUGUACUCUCAGCACGAAUGUGGGUGCUUUCAAAGAUCGGUUUUUUCCCGAGGAACGGGAAGCUGGCAAGAUGAUUCGGUUGAUCUCGUGUGGAAAGUUGUUACAUGACGAGUCGCUUUCGUUGCGGCAUUUUGGAAUAACCGAAGCAAAUAACGUUCUGCAUGUCCAGAUCUCGAACCCGCCAGUUGUUAUGACGGCGCAGGUUCAGCAACAAAUGGCCUCGAACGUAUCGCCUGUCGUCUCCCGAUUAGAGGCGAAUAUUGCUUCUCUCGCAUAUCUCGUACUUGGUGCCAUGCUUGUGCUAUUCUGGUACGUGCACUUUCAGUACCGUGACCUGUUCACGAACUCUGCGACGACAGCCCUUGUCGGCAUUUCCGGCUUGUUCUGCGUUUUCGUGUUUGCGCCUUCCCAACCACUGCCAUUAUAUUUUCACACCGUAGCACAACAGCUCGCUCCGGAAAUCUAAUUGAUGUUAAACCAGUUUGUCCUGAGCCUCCAUCUUACCCCUCGAAAUGCUUAAAAGUUUUUUUCUUGUAAUUACCUCAGCACUUUCUUUAACUGUUAUUAUGAUGAUUUGCCAUUACGCACCAAGCAAGUCAACGACAACGAUAAAAGUGACAAAUCAUUCAUAGACUUAUACGAAGCCACGACCAAAAUAAGAUAAUAUAUGUUCAGCACUAUUAUAUGCUUCGAUUUCGAAACGUAACUACUAAAACGCAAAAUAUAGGCAUAUUAAGUAGUGGCAAUUUUCAGGGCAAUUGAUCGAGGCGCAAUGAAUUCGUUAGAACUGAAAGGUUUGUAGCAGUGAAGGGCACGUGGACAAAGUCAUGGGGAAUGCGCUAAAAUAUGGCGGAUAAUAUUGCAUGAGUAUGGUGUCAAAGCCAUCCUUCGACUGAGAUUAAAAGGAGACACAUUUCCUUUAGUAAAAGUUGCCAGUUAUUUCGAACGGCACCCGUCUACCGUGGGACAAUCAUUUGUUUCUGUGGAUCUGCAACACGAUUUCUGUCAUAUCGUGGCUGCAAUAUCCGGUGAGCGGCACAUGCCCCAAGAAUUGAUCGGAAUAAAUGUUUGCUGGAAACAACAUAAUUGAGAAUUUGAACUGAUUUCAGAAUAAUCUGAUUGUGACUAACGUUAUCUCGACGGUGAUGAGGAGGCGUAAAAACAUCGGAAUGAUACUGUCAGUUUGAUUUCAGAAGACAAGCUAACCCACCUUCCAAAGACCAGCAAAGUCGGACGAUUCAUUCACAUGUUCUCCUUUAGGUUAGCCAACUUGAAUGCUAGUAAAGUUGUUUGUGCAGAUUUGUCAAUGUCUAUAUAUAUAUAUAUAUAUAUAUAUAUAUAUAUAUAUGUAUAUACACAUUGACGGUUGAAGGCUUUUCUGAGCCAUUCUGAGAAAGUAUUGCAAAGUAAAUCCGUUUUUUUGCACAAAACUGAGUUAAUUUCUAUGAAAGAUGAUUGUGACUAUUUCUAACUUUUAUUGAAUUAAACGGCUAGGAUUAAGAAUUCAACCUAGGGACAGAUCGAGGAUUUUGUGUGCCAUGUUAAGCUGCGCCACAAAACGACUAUCGUAGUUAAAAAAAAA